AUGACAGGAUUAAGUUCCUUCGAUUAUUUAGAUUUUUUAGAAUCUGUUGUCAAAGAAGUACUUCCCAAUAUGGAAAUAAGUUUAUAUCAAAAUUCUGCACAACUGUCGAUCAAAGACAGAAUAGGCUUUGAAAGUGUAAGAGCUGUAAUCGACGGAAUUGAAAUUAGUAUUCAAAAACCUAAGAAAAUAUGCUGUCAGGUGGAAGCCUACUCUACGUACAAGUCGGCGUAUACUAUGAAAUUCGUGACAGCUGUUUCACAAGGAGGUAUCAUAACUUUUGUAAGUAAGGCUUAUCCAGGAAGAUGCUCUGACAAAGCUAUAUUUGAAAAAAGCAAGUUGAUUCAUAAGCUUGAUCGUGACGAUAGUCUUAUAACUGAUAAAGGCUUUUUAAUUGAUGAUAUUUGCUUAUUGCAUGGCAUUCAAUUGAUAAGACCUCCAUUUUUGAGUGAUAAAAAACAAUUUUCCAAAGAAGAAGCCUUACUUAAUGCAAAAAUCGCCAAGGCUCGUGUGCACAUAGAAUGA